UACAUAAUCAUAUAUUUAAUAUCUUAGAAUAUUUCACAGGCCAGGCACACUACUUUAUCCUUUACACCAUUCCACACUUUUGUGUCAUAUGUUAAAAUGUCAGAUGGCAAAUCCAGUGGAUAUAUUCUAGGCAUAUUUGUUUUUGUUUGUUUUUAAUGUUUACAAUACUCAAAGUGGCAUUUAAUGUCAUGUUGCUACUUUUGAAUCAUAAAAGUGCACUCACUGCGCAUUUGGGUUAGUUGAAAAAAAAAACCCAAAAACAACAACAACAACAAAAAAACACUUCCCUGUGAUUAACGUCGUAAAACUAAAACAAGCGAAUUAACCAUUAAAAAAAAAAAACCAUGACAGAGACAUCACUACUCCACCUCACGUAAAGACAUAAUUGCAAGUGUGCGUGGAGCCGUGACGCAGAUCUCUUGAUGUAGUCUGCGGUAAAGGGUGUGACCUGAAAGCCUUCAAAUCUGACAGACAAGCGAGAGAAGGGCAGAAAGAAAACGUGCCCGAAGGACGAGCACCUGCUGUGUGCGAAAUCAGUGCGGGACGAACUAUGAAGACGAACCAGUGGCGCAAAGGAGCCUGGGAAAGCGCAAGCAGCAGCAUGAGUCCUUCACACAGCACAAUCCUCGCAUUCGCCCUUCUGCUCAUCUCAGCCAUACCGCCCUGCACAGGUGCUCCAGUGUUCCUAGAUAUAUCCACUACAGAAAAUGACAAGCUGCUAAACCAGAUAGAUAACGUAUGCUCAUCCCUCCUUCCUGAAGAACGACCCCUCAGGACAUUGGACACAUUGUGGGAUCUGUGUGACUUGAUGCAGGGUGUGUUGCAGAAAUCUGAGGAACUGGCAGCUCGAGAAACAACAAAAAGGUUUUUAUUUCAUUACACUAAGACGAAUACUGGAGUGCCUGAUGGGACGUCGACUGUGUUCCACCCUCUCCUGCAGCUCAUACCGCAGCUCCAUAGCAGAAGCGGUAGAAGAGUAGCAUCACAUGAGACCCCACGCAUGAUCCAUAGCAGAGGAUACUUCUCAUAUCGGGUAGGUAUCACUGAUACCACACUUGUUCUUCAUGUAUUACCAUUAAGUAAUACCAAAAAAAAACCCCAAGACAAACAUUUUUUUUCUGGAAACUCCUGUAAGUCCACCAAAUGAUGCAAACUUAACUUUUAGUUGUUUUACAGCAAUUGGUUUAUGUGCUCAGGAGUACAUAGUUGACGUGGAGUUAUUUACGGGUCUCUUUUUUUUCCUCACUUUGCAGCCGCGAAAUGGAAGACGAUCAACAGAAUACGUGUAAAGAAUUAAAAAAAAAAAUGCAAGCAAAAAAAAAAAACAAAAAACAGAAUAAAAAAAGAAAAGGUACCAAAUGCCACUUACACCCUCAUAAACAAAUCUAACAGUGGCCUCCUGAACACCUUCUCUUAACCUGUAUGUUCUGGUCUAAAACUCUCACUGAGCUUAGCCAUUUUGUCUUUGUAUCACAACAUGGUGCUUUUCCUGUGGAGCAGCUGAUUAGCCUCG